CAGGAGGCGUGACGUGCUUGGAUCAAUCUAUCAGUCCGGCAGCUUCAUCUGAGAGCAGACUUCAGCAGCAUCCCCGACACGUGAACUAUCUCCGUAAAAGCUGGUCCUGGGGGAAAGGUCUCGCAGUUCCAACCUCGGCACUUGUGGUCGGUGAGCCAGUACACACCUAGCUCUUGUUCGCGGUGCAUGUGGUGGUCGUUACGGAGCGUAACCAGUUACAACCGGCUCUUCAGUUUCCUCGAUUCGACAUAUUGGAGCCGAUUUCCCCGAACAAAGAACUAGCAAGUCCGAAACUGGGGCGCAUCACCAAUAAGUUAAACAUAAGUGGCUGUGAUUUUUCCGCGGUGGUUUGCAGAGAUCUCAACGAACCGAAACGCACCAGGAGCUGCUCUCCGGGACGACGGCGGAGACUCCGGGAAUUCACUAACAAGAGACAACUGCUGCGCCGAAACGGCGGUUGAUUUCCUACACACAUCCAUAUCGAGGAGGGUGAUCGCGGCCGCGAGAUGACCGCGUCCCUCGACAACAACACCGGUGCCGGUGGCGACAACACCGACAAAGGCAAAGAUGACGUCUACACUGUUUCAGUGACUGGCGGUUACGACAACAAAGGCUUCAAAGGCGAUGGCGACAACGGCUGGCCAGGCAAGCCCCCGAAUAAAGAAAUCACCGACGAAGAAGCUUCCUCACAAGGCAAAUUUAAACUCUCGACCAAGGAGAAAUGGCGGAUACUGAAAAACGUAUCGUGCAUCUCCUGUGCCUUUAUGAUUCAAUUCACGGCUUUCCAAGGCACUGCCAACUUGCAGAGCAGCAUCAACGCCAAAGACGGCCUCGGGACUGUUUCGCUGUGCGCGAUCUACGCUGCUCUCGUAGUUAGUUGUAUUUUCGUUCCCACAUUCCUCAUUAAGAGGCUAACAGUAAAAUGGACCCUCUGUAUUUCGCUGUUGUGUUAUGCGCCCUAUAUCGGCUCGCAAUUCUACCCGAGGUUUUACACCUUGGUGCCUGCGGGGGUCCUGCUGGGUAUCGGCGCGGCGCCCAUGUGGGCCUCCAAGGCUACCUAUCUCACGCAAGUUGCCGGUGUCUACGCCAAGCUCACCGACCAAGCCGUGGACGGCAUCAUCGUUAGGUUCUUCGGAUUCUUCUUCCUGGCUUGGCAAACCUCUGAAUUGUGGGGCAACUUAAUUUCGUCGCUUGUUUUGAGCAACCCUCAUGGAGGCGGCGGAGAGUCCGCAAUCUCAGACGUCAACCUCACCUACACCAACUGCGGCUCCAACUUUUGCACACAAACGAGCAAUGAAAACGAAAAUCUUGCUAGACCUGAUGAUAAAGAAAUUUACGAAAUUUCGGCUAUUUACUUGGCCUGCAUUUUCUCAGCGGUUUUACUUAUCGCCGUUUCUGUGGAUCCUCUAUCAAGAUACGGUGAAAAGCAGCGUCGCAACAGCGGUGUGGAGUUAACUGGUCUCCAGCUGCUCUCCGCCACCGCCUACCAACUCAAGAAGCCCUACCAGCAGUUGCUCAUCCCCAUAACGGUAUGGAUUGGCAUGGAGCAGGCGUUCAUCGGCGCCGACUUCACCCAGGCGUUCGUCUCGUGCGCGUUGGGCAUCUCCUCCGUGGGCUACGUCAUGAUCAGCUUCGGGGUGGUGAACGCCAUCUGCUGCUUACUCUUCGGCUCGGUGAUGAAGUACAUCGGGCGGUCGCCGAUCAUGAUCUUCGGGGCUGUCGUCCACACCGGCCUCCAGGUCUGGUUGCUCAUCUGGCGACCACACCCCGACAACCCCAUCAUCUUCUUCAUAGCUGCGGGCAUGUGGGGCGUCGGCGACGCGGUCUGGCAAACACAAGUGAACGGUCUUUACGGCACCCUCUUCAGGAGGAACAAAGAACCGGCCUUCUCCAACUACCGACUUUGGGAGAGUGUUGGCUUCGUCAUCACUUACGCCUAUUCCACUCAUAUUUGCGCCCGCAUGAAGCUCUACGUCCAACUCACCAUCCUCAUCACUGGGUUCUUCAUGUACGGCAUUGUCGAGGUGCACCACAUGCGUAAAGUCAGAAGACAGAAGGAGAAGGAAAAGAGGGCUGCAGAGCUCGAAGCCGCCAACAAGACGGCCGUCCAAGAACCCGAAGAAACCGACGACGAAAAAGACGAUAUUGAUGACGAGAUCAUCGUAACACAUUUGUAGAAAGAUGCUUGGAGUGCAAGUGCUUCGGGACCAGUGCACAUUUAUAUUACGUCAUUUUUUAUUGUCAAAAAAUGCAGUAGUAGAUCAGUAUUUGCCCAUUCUCAUACUGGCAUAAGAUAUCAAUUAUUGUAUAUAUGUUUUUAACACAUUCUUCAAGUUAUACGUAUUUAUGAGACUCAAGAUUUGCGGUUUUUUUUCAAUUUAUCAUUGCCUCUGUGAUGAUAAACCAAAAAACUUGCCUUCUUUUUGGAUACGGUUCUAGCUCUAUUCAUAAACAACACGGGCUUCCAGGAUAAUUAAUUUUAGCCUUGAACAUGUCAAUUUGCGAUUUUUUACUAUUUAAGUGCCAUUACAUUCGAAAAAACGGUUGAUUUGUUUAUGAAUUCAGCGACAAAUUUAGCAGUUGUAGGUCUGAAAAUGCAACUUAUUAUAUAUAGAUAUGUACUCAUGCAUAAGCACAAAACCAAAAUUUUCAUUAUGAGGUUUUGUUAGUUAAUUUAUAUUAUUUUAUUUUCCUGAUGAUAAUUAUAGAUAAUUGUGUACAGUAUAGUUUAGAAGUAUUUAGGUGUUACUUGUAGUCAGAUGUAGGUUUUAAAGUGUUAAGUGUAAAUUUACUCAGUAUUUCAUCAGCAAUACUGUAGCAAUAAAUUCUUCUAAGUUAUUAAA